AUGCCUGUUGCUUCAAGGAAGAAGUCCUCGGCCUCGAACGCCGUCAAGAGGGUUGAUUCCACCCAAUCGCCCUCGCCCGGUGAAGAAGUGUCCGUAGGAACACCGGAGAAGACCCCCAAGCUGCACAAGCGCUCUCGAUCUGGCUGUUUCACAUGUCGACUGCGCAGGAAGAAGUGUGAUGAAAAGCACCCAGCCUGCGGUGCUUGCAGCAAUCUCUGCGUGAAAUGUGAAUAUAAGCGUCCGAUCUGGUGGGGGAAUGCCGAACAGCGAAGGAUUCAAAAGGAGCGUAUCAAGAAUAAGAUCAAGCAGACGAAGAUGAAUGAGCGCAAUGGGUCCGCGACUGCUCGCAGUCGCAAUAUGGCUGCUACAUCGCCGCUGUCACCCGUAUUCGAAUUCAAUCGCCCGGGUUACACCGAGACAUACGACCUCUUUUCAUCACAUCUGCCGACGCCCGGUCUGAACCAGACGAUGUAUGCACCUUACGCUCCAUACGAGAUUGAUGUCAAGACAGAACGACAGACUUUUAUCAAUGAUGUCCCCUUGCGCCAUGAUUCCUCGAUCUCAACCUUUAGCACCUUUACCGCUCCGCAGUUAAGCGCGCCCCUUCCCACAUUCCCCGGCGAGGAGUGGUUACAAGAUGAAUAUUUCUCUCAAGCACCGAAUCUAUCAGGUAUUGACCCGGCGAUUUGUGAGCAGAGUAUUGGGCAGACAUAUACUACAUUGCAGUCAAAUAUUCCGGUCAGUGACCAUGAUCGUCCGCUACUCGACCACUUUAUCCACAAUGUCUUGCGCAUCAUCUUUCCGGUUCUAGAGGCGCAUCAACGGGGCCACACGCGGGCCCAGGCAAUCCUGCAGGCAUUGGAGACCAACAAGUGCUACCUUCACUGCUGUCUCAGCGUUGCCGCCAUCCACCUCAAGACCACCGAAGGAUUCGUCGGAGAACAGAUUGAUCAUGAUAUCAUGCGCCACCGGUUUGAGGCUGUCUCUCAACUAUGUCAGGCUCUCGGUGAGGACGUCAACCAUGAAGAGAUCCUGGAUGCCACCCUUGCUAUGAUCUUCUUCCACUGUUCCGUCGGUCCCGCGGACGACUAUCUUCCCGACAUCCCUUGGUUCGACCACUUUCAAGCCGCGUCGAAUCUGGUCAACAGGCUCGGUCUCCCGACGGCAGUCCCUGAUGGAAACCCGUACUUACUGCCUCCUUUCAGCAUGACACUAACAUCGUGGAUCGACAUCCUGGGUUCCACUAUGCAAGGGAGGACACCCCAAUUCGCCCACACCUAUCGUGCUAAGCACCUUAGCGGCUCGUCAUCAGGUCUGAGGGAGCUCAUGGGCUGCGACGACCGUGUCAUGUACCUCAUCUCGGAGAUCACCUGUCUGGACGCGUUGAAGACCGAAGGCCGCGUAGACGCAAUGGCCGUGUGUUCGCAUGUGUCCGCUCUCGGACGACAACUGGAGUUUACCGAACCGGUGGAUCAAACCCUGGAGCACCCGUUCUCACCCGCUACAGGAGCCAUUCGCCCGGAGGUUCUGACGAAGAACAUGACGACGGUCUUCCGCAUUGCGGCCAGAAUCUAUCUCUGCAGCCUAGUCCCCGGCUUUGACCGCAACCAGCCAAGUAACCUCAAUCUGGUGGCAGCAGUCGCAAACACCUUGGACUAUAUUCCCUCCGGCCCCAAUGGUUUUGACCGGUCCCUCGUCUGGCCCCUGUUGAUCACGGGUGCCUUCUCUGCGCCGACGAGCCAUUUCCGGGCCGUGUUGGCCGAGCGCGCCUCACUGCUAGGCGAUCACGCCGACCUGGGCAGCUUCGGGCGCAUGUAUCGAUUACUGCAGGAGGUCUGGCGACUUACCGACGACCCGACGGACAGCCACUACACGCCAGAGGAAACGUCGUCAUCUUCAGCAUCGUCGGGCAGUCCCGUGCCCAAGAUCGAGAGGUCCGCAUCUCCAGAGAGCAACGGUACAGGGUCGGGCAUGAGAGAGAUCAAGAAACAACAGGUCCACUGGCGGGACGUGAUGCAGCGGAAUGGCUGGCACUAUCUGCUGAUUUGA